AUGGCUAAGCUGGUAAGGACAUUGUCACAAAAUCCAAAAUGUUACUUGCUUCAUCGAAUGACCUUUAUUCUUCUAAUAGCUCUCAUCAUGGCCUUCUUUGGCUAUGGUUACAUGAACCCAAGAAAACAGAGGGUGGAAAUCAUCCAGGCUGGGGCCAGCAUAACUAUUAGAAAACGCCAUGACGUGCAAGGUGUAGAAUUACCAAAGAUGGUGUUAGCCCAGCCAGAUGUGCUAACACCCUCUAGGAAAGAUGUCCCUGUCAUGACCCCUUGGCUGGCUCCCAUCAUGUGGGAGGGGACUUUCAACAUUGACAUUCUGAAUGAGCAGUUCCACCUCCAGAACACCACCAUUGGAUUGACUGUGUUUGCCAUAAAAUCAUACCUUGUCUUCCUGAAGCUGUUUCUAGAGACUGCAGAGAUGUACUUCAUGGUGGGACACAGGGUAAACUACUACAUAUUCACUGACCGGCCAGAUUAUGUGCCUCAUUUCCACCUCCAAAAAGGAAGGCAAAUCAUCAUCCUCAAGGUCCGGGGCUAUGCUCGCUGGCAGGACAUCUCCAUGCACCGCAUGGAGAUGAUCAGCAAUUUCUCCAAGCAGCGAUUUCACCAGGAGGUAGAUUACCUUGUGUGUGCAGAUGUGGAUCUGAAGUUCAGCGACCACGUGGGCGUGGAGAUCCUGUCACCCUUGUUUGGCACCCUCCAUCUUAACUUCUUUUUCCUCAGUCAGGAAAACUUCCCCUAUGAACGCAGGCGUCAUUCACAAGCCCAUAUUCCUGAAGGCGAGGGAGACUUUUAUUACACAGGAGCCCUAUUUGGGGGUUCGGUGAUGGAAGUUUACAGACUCACCAAGACCUGCCACCAGGCGAUGAUGGUUGACCAAGCCAAUCAUAUUGAAGCUGUGUGGCAUGAUGAGAGUCACCUGAACAAAUACCUGCUUCACCACAAACCCUUCAAGGUCCUCUCCCCUGAGUAUAUGUGGAGUGAGUGGUUAUACUACAACAUGAAAAACUACAUGGGAGAUUUGCCCAGCUCUAUAAAGAGGAUUAGAGUGAAUGUCUUGAAAAAGCAUAAAAACUGGCCAAACUGA